AUGUCUCCCGACAACUCCAGCACCGUCAUCCACCACCCACACGCCAUUCACCUCCAGUCCCUCAAUGUAGCUCGCAGCAGCUCGCGGAGCUCAAACAACCGCCAUGCAUCCAGUACCGCCUUUGAGCCCGUGACGGCGGACGACAACGAGACCAUUGCCCGGAAUCCCUCUCACUUGACAGAUGUCGAAAGCCAGGUCACAGCCACUGGCCGCCGACACCCCAGCUGUCUCGACCCUGACCCGUAUGGCCUCUCGCGGGCGUACAAGACGGACUCGGACCUAGACGAGAUCAAAGCCAACACGUCGCGGAAGCGCGACGGCGCCGCUGGCCGCAAGUGCAUCCCCGACCAGGUGGGCUCCAAAGUCAAGGCGCGCAAGCUCCAGGGCUUCUACAAGAACCAGAACGCGGCCAUUGAGCGCAUGCUCAAGUCUGUCGAGGAGCACCGCGACGAGGCCCGCCAGGAGCAUGGCGAUGAUCAGCUCAAGUUCCGCAUCGCCGUCUGGGGCUCCUUUGCUGCCAACAUUGUCCUGUCGGCCGUCCAGCUCUACGCCGCCAUCUCGUCGGGCUCCCUCUCGCUCUUCACUACCAUGGCCGACUCCAUAUUCGACCCCCUGAGCAACCUCACCCUCAUCCUCUCUGCCCGGGCCAUUCGCCGCGUGGAUCCCCGCCGCUUCCCCGCGGGCAAGGCCCGUCUCGAAACUGUGGGCAACAUUGUUUUUUGCUUCCUCAUGAUUGCUGUCUCUCUCAUUAUCAUUGCGUUUGCUUGUCAGGAGUUGGUUCAGGAGAAGGAUGAUAAGAAGUUCUACCUACCCUCUGUUGUCGCCGUCUGCUGCGCUUUCGCCACCAAGUUUGCCCUCUUCCUGUACUGCUGGGCGCUCAAGGACAAGUACAGUCAGAUCAACAUUCUCUGGCAGGAUCACCGCAACGACCUUCUCAUCAAUGGCUUCGGUAUCCUGACAUCCGUCGGUGGUGCCAAGCUCCUCUGGUGGAUUGACCCAAUGGGCGCCAUCCUCCUGUCGGUGCUCAUCUCUGGUAUCUGGCUGGGCACCGCCUUUGGCGAGUUCCUCCUCGUCGUCGGCGUUACGGGCUCUGUCGAGAUGCAGCAGCUCAUCACGUACGUGUGUGUCACUCACUCGGACGCCAUCCAGGGCAUCGACACGGUGCGGGUAUACCACUCGGGCCCGCGUCUGAUCGCCGAGGUCGACAUUGUCAUGGACCCAACUCAGACGCUGCAGGAGAGCCACGAUGUGGCCGAGGCGCUGCAGUUCAAGCUCGAGGAUCUUCCCGAUAUCGAGCGAGCGUACGUCCACAUUGACUACGAAACGACACACAAGCCAGAGCACAAGUUCAAGAAGGAUCUGUAG